GCAGUGUGGGGGCGGCGGCGGUGCGGAGUGGACGUGCGCUCGGUCGCUUUGGCUUUUGUGGUGUUGCGGUGGUCGCCAUGGCUCGUGGAAACCAGCGUGAGCUUGCCCGCCAGAAAAACAUGAAGAAAACCCAGGAGAUUAGUAAGGGCAAAAGAAAAGAGGAUAGCUUGACUGCCUCUCAGAGAAAGCAGAGGGAUUCGGAAAUCAUGCAGCAAAAGCAGAAAGCGGCCAACGAGAAGAAGUCUCUGCAGACAGGAGAAAAAUGAGAGGGUAGCAGAAGGGCCCGCGUGCUGGGGCACACAGGGCACAGCACAUCGGAGGCAAAAAUCAUCAGUUUGUAAAAGCGAUCAGUUAUUAAAUAUUUAACUGGUUUAUCACACCCUCUUAAACUUGUCUCCCAUUUUGUUUCUUUAAUUUCCAGUGUAGCGUAUGGCCUUUGGAGACGGCUCUUCCAAGAAAAGGAACACUGAGCAUGCAAAGUAUUGAUGGAAAUUAAUGACUUCUACCUGCUACUCUUAACACCAACUGUAAAAUACUGUGUUCAGCUGGAUCUUUAAGCUUAAACUGCGAUAUUACUAUAGCAUCUGCCUAAUGACCUGUCACAAGCUCGGUGUUUAAAACAAUUCAUUAAAGCCCAUCACUGCUCUAAUCAAAUUGUAAAGGUCAUCUGUAAAUUUCACUUUUGUGUUUUACAAUAAAAUGUUCUGCACGGUAUGUAA